ACAUUUGUUUCUAUUAUACUACCUUCAUGGCAAACCGCGCGGUUAUUGGGGGCGUUCAGUCUUCACCUCUCCCACCUUUGUCUGGUGGUGGUGUCUACCACCCUUUUUCGCAGAUGGGUGCUCCUCCUGAUGUCCCACACUCGGUUCGCGUUGGCUUCACGUCUUCUUCAGAAAUGCUUGUUCGUGGUCCUCCUCCCGUUCAGCAGACACCGGCGGUGUCCCAGCUGCCACCUGCAGAGAGCAGUAGAACUACUUCGCACAGGCAAUCUCAAGAGGGACCCUCUCGUCGGCAGCCCUCGAUUGUUCUGAAUACAAAUAUGGUUGCGCCGAGGCGACACCCUGCACAGUCCCCAGGGCAGCAACAACAGCAGCAGUUGCAAAAGAGGAAGAAAGUUGUGAUUAGGCCUCCUGCUGCAGAAGAGCGCAGUCCAAAAGGGCGAGGCAAGAGGGCGCGCAAGGGAAGUGGGGGUUCUGGUGGGAAAGGGAAAAGAUCCGCAAACACUGCCACUACUGCGGCGGAUCUUGAACCAGAGCCUGCGGUUGGGACAACUCUUGAGAGGAUUUGGAGCAGGCUGGUCUCCUUGAAUGCGAAGAAGGUAACUGAGGACAUUUUGAGCUUGCCAAUGUCCUGCAUGAUCCGGCCUCUUGUGGACACUCCCGACGGGUGGAGAUCAAGGGAGGUCAGAUUCCCCGCAGAGUACCACGUCAGGGUCCUCAUGGCGUCUAUGGAGAGGGCGCCCUGUGGGGACCACUUGCCUUUUGUGGGCAUGAUUGACCCAGCUGAGUGUACAGCAGUUGAUCAGGUGGAUGUGCAGAAGUUGCGGUCAGGGGGCUACACCAUUUGGAUUUUGGGCGGCGGUCAUUGUCGUGAGGCACGCAGCCGUUUGAUGGUGAAGCACUCUCACGUUGACUUCUAUAAGAGGUAUGUUUGCUAUGUGUACGUGGGACUUACUGUUGAGGAGUCGCUGCUGGUUGGUCAUGAGCAUAACAAUGCAGCAGUUGUACAUUGCCAAGGCCCUCAACUACAGGGACAAGCUCCGGCAUCACAGCAAGAGGAGCAGACAGCAGCAACACAAGAUCCUGAGGGUCUUCUCACAAGCUGGACUGCUUUUGAGAGGGAGGGCUACAAGGGAACUGUGAAGGUGGCGCACUGCGACAUGCUCCAACUACCAGAGAAAAUGGAGGACAGACUCCCCUUCACCUUGUGCAUUAUGGACUUCCCAUGCGGCUACAACGCAGAGGGUUCUGUGGAUGAUCAGGAGCCGUUCAGUAGGCCUCAGAUAGAGGGCACCAUUGCGAGCUUCAUGAAGAUCACAUGUGCACCAUAUUGGGUCAUUGCUGGUUUCUGCUCCUCUGACAUGCUUGCUGACGUGAAAUCUGCAUUUUCAGAUGCUUGCAAUUGUGGGGUGGAGGUGGGCAUUUGGGUUGCUCCCAACAUUAGGACUUGUGCAUGUCUCAAGCUCACUAACUGCUGGCAGCAUUGUGUUCUUGGUUUCUACAGUCAGAGCGGCUCCAGGGAGCCCAUUCAGUUUCAGUUCAGCGACUCUGACACGAGGAUGACCUGCUGGAGUCACAAUGCGGUGGUGAGAAAGUACACUUUUGCUGCAGACAAUGAGAUUUUGUGUCCCUACCAGAAACCGAUCUCCUUGUAUGAGUGGCUCAUCAAGAAGUUUUCUAACCCGAAUGACUCAUACAUAGUGGAUGUUUUUUCUGGAUCGGGGACUGGAGCCAUUGCAGCACUGUUGUGCAAACGAAAUGUGCUCGUUGUUGAAAGCGAUCUGCGUUGUGUAAGGGGCAUCAGGGCAAGGUUGGCAGGGAGAGAUUUUGUGGAGAGCGCCACGAAGGAGAAGGACAGCCACAGCCGCACUGUGUCUGAGGGUUUGAGACACACCUGAGGCUUCAGGCAUGCAUGAGUUGAUAGGGACCUUCCAUUCGCCUCGCAUAGGUUUGAUGAUUUGGUUAUGGCCUUGUUGCAUUGGUGCUUUUAUGCGGCACAUAUUUUCUAUAGGCUCUCUUGGGAUAUUAAUCACUUUUAAUGUUUGAGCUUCUUCCACCAAUGUUGCCAAGUACAUAGGAACCUGCCCACUUGCUUAUCUUGGGUAUGCUUGGAUAGUUGUGGUCUUUCUGCCUUACUGUUGGGACUUGCAAUGAGACAGUUGUUGCCCUUCGUACAUGCAAUGAAAUUUUCUUUGUCUG